AUGGCUGCAAGUAGGCCAAUUGGAAGCCUCAAAUGGCUAUUAAGAGGAAGCAGGGGUGUUUUUGGUAGUCAACUCGAGGCUUCAAAGGCUCGAGCAAUGGCCACGGAAGCAAACUUACGAAGUGGUUCGAUAUCUACGGCUCAGUCACCUAUAAUCUCCAGGCUCCAGGAGGAUAUUCCAAAGCCAGUAUGGAAUCCCACACCUGCAAUUGUCACCCUCUACGAUUUCCCUUCGAUGGAACCUAUCAAACAUCUCGAAUAUAAGCCCGAGCAUCUCCUCCUCCCUCUGCGCCGAGACAUACUACACCGUGCUGUCAUCUAUGAAGGUGACAAGACCCGACAAGGUACCGCGAGCACAAAAUGGAGGGACGACGUACGGGGUAGCGGCAGGAAGAUUCGGCCUCAGAAGGGUUCUGGAAGGGCCCGUCUCGGUGAUAAGAAGUCUCCAAUGUUGAGAGGCGGUGGUGUGGCCCAUGGACCCCAUCCACGAGAUUUUUCGACCGAUCUUCCACGAAAGAUUUACGACAAGGCCUGGCGAACAGCGCUGAGUUAUAGGUACCAACGGGGGCAGCUAAUUGUCAUCAACGACAAUAUCUCCUUAGAGCGUGGGUCUACGGUUCACCUGCUCCAUGAUAUUAUCCAAACACACGGCUGGGGCAGAGAAUUCGGCCGGUCAUCUCUUAUCACAGAGGUCAAGAAGGAGAGGCUUUUCAGAGCCGUUGCAGAGCUUGGCCGGGAUGCAAGGGCUUUGGACCGCGCAGAUGUUGAUGUGAAGGAUCUACUCGAGACUGGACGACUGAUCAUUGAAAAGCAGGCCUUGGACAAGAUGCUCGCCCUCCACUCGAGUGAUCUUGGCCGCCCGCUGGGUAACAUGUGA